AUGACGGUAACGGUUACAGAUGAUAACGGUGAUAGUAACGCUAACGUUUAUAGUGAUGGUAAUGGUAACGGUGAUGACCAUGGUAAUUGUGACGGUAACAGUAACGGUAAUGGUAAUGAUAACAAUGAUGGUAACGGUUAUAGUUACAGUAAUGGUUAUGUUAACAAUGAUGGUGACUGUGACGGUAACGGAAAUGGUCAUGGUAAUUAUAAUGGUAACAGUAAUGGUAAUGGUAACGGUGACGGUCAUGAUAACGCUGACGGUGAUGGUGAUAGUAACGAUGACGGCAACGGUUACGACAAUGGUAAUGGUAACGGUGACGGUGACAGUAAUGGUAAGGAUGACGGUGAUGGUGAAAGUUCUAGUACUGGUCCUGAUGAUGGUUAUGGUAACAGUCACGGUCACGGUCACGGUAACGAUAAGUGUAACGAUAAUGGUCACAGUCAUGGUUAUAGUAACCAUGAAGGUAACAGCGACGGCAACGAUAACGGUUGCGUUGGCGAUAACGGUAAAGGUUACGGUGGCGGUAACGAUAAUGGUAACGAUUACAAUGAAUGUAAUGUUUAUGGUGAUGGUAACGGGACGAAAACGGUUACAGUAACGGUGACGAUGAUGGUAACGAUGAUGGUUAGGGUUGCGAUAACGGUUAUGGACGGUAACGGUGAUAGUAACGGUAACGGUUACGAUGACAGUAACGGUUACGGUGACGGUUACAGUGACAGUACUGGUAGCGGUUACAGUGACGGUAACGUUUACGGUGAUGGUAACGGUAACGGUGACGGUCAUGGUAAUUGUGAUGGUAACAGUAACGGUAAUGAUGAUGGUAAUAGUUAUAGUGACGUAAUGGUGACGAUAACGGUUACGACAAUGGUAAUGGUAACGGUGAUGGUGACAAUAAUGGUAACGAUGACGGUGAUGGUGAAAGUUUCGGUAAUGGUCUUAGUGAUGGUUAUGGUAACGGUCAUGGUCACGAUAACGGUAACGGUCAUGGUCAUGGUUACAGUAACCGUGAAGGCAACAAUGACGGUAAUGGUAACGGUGACGAUAACCGUUACAGUAACGAUUACGGUAACGAUUACAGUAACAGUUAUGGUAAUAGUUGCAGUGACGGUAAUGGUAACAAUGACAGUGACAAUAGUGAUAAUAGUAACAGUCAUGCUAACUGUGAAGGUAAUAGUAAAUGGUAAUGGUAACGAUAAUGGUAACAACAAUGAUGACGAUAACGAUGACGGUGAGGGAAACGGUGAAAGUAACAGUGACAGUGAUGGUAACUGUAGCAGUCACGGUCACGACUAUGGUGAUAGUAAAGGUUACAGUGACGAUGACACUAAUGAUAACGUUAAUGGUGAAGGUGAAGAUGGCGGUAAUGGUCACAAUCACGGUGAAGGUAACGGUCACGGUCACGGUAACAAUGACGGUAACGGUCACAGUCACGGUGAUGGUAAUUGUGACGUUGACGGUAACGAUGACUGUAAGGGUGUCGAUGACGGUAACGGUCACGGUCAAAGCUACAGUAAUGGUAAUGGUUAUGGUAAUGAUAACACUAAAGAUAACGGUAACGGUAAUGAUGACGAUGGUGGUAACGGUCAUAGUCAUGGUGAUGGUAACAAUGAUGGUGAUGGACAUGGUAACAGUUGCAGUAAUGAUGACGGCAACAAUGUCAGUAACGGUGAUGGUAACGAUCACGAUCACGAUCACGGUGAUGGUGACGGUAACAAUAAUGGUGAAGCUAACGGUAAUGGUGACAGUAAUAGUAACAUUAAUGGUUAUAGUGAGGGUAACGAUAACUAUCUCGGUAACGGUCACAGUAACAGUUUUGGUGAUGGUAACGGUAAUGGUAAUAAUAACUAUGACGAUGACCAUAAUGGUAAUGGUAACGGUGAUGGUGUGUCUAUAAUGGUACCAGUGACGAUCACAGUGAUGUUAACGGUUACGAUACCGGUGACGGUCAUAGUGACGUUAACGGUUACGGUAAUGGUAACGGUAAUGGUGAUGGAAAUAGUAAUGGCAACGAUAAUGGUGAUGGUAACGGUGCCAAAAACGGUGACGGUAACUAUGAUAAAAACGGUGACGACAACGAUGAUGAAAACAGUGACAGUGACAGGUGAUGGUAAUGGUGACGGUAACAGUUAUGGUGACAAUACAAGUAAAUGUAAUGAUGACGGUGACAGUGAUUAUGAUUGUAACGGUAACAAUAACAGUGCCAGUAACGAUGCUGGUGACAAUAAAGGUAAUGGUAACGAUGACGGUGACUGGGACUGUGACGAUGACGAUAACGGUAACGGUAAUGGUAACAGUGACGAUGAUGGUAAUGUGACGAUAAGUGAUAGUAACGGUAAUGGUGAUUCUAACAGUAACGAUGACGGUGACGAUCAUAGUGACGGUAACAGUAAUGGUGAUGGUAACGGUAACAGUAACAAUAAUAGUCACGGUAACGAUGAUGAUGAUGGCAAUGGUAAUAGUGACGAUAAUGGUAACAGUAACAAUAAUUGUAACGGUGAUGAUAACGAUAAAAGUAAUAGUUACGUUAACGGUGAAGGUAAUGGUAACAGUAAUGGUAACGGUAACAGUCACGGUCAUGGUGAUGGUAACGAUGGCGAUUACUGUGAUGGUAACGUUGACGGUAACAGUGAUGGUAAAGGUGAUGAUAACAGUUCUGGUGACGGUAACAAUGACGGUGACAAUAACAGUGUCGAUAACGAUAACGGUGACGGUGACAGUAACAGUUAUGGUAAUAGUUACGGUAACGGUGACGAUAAGAGUAUCGAAGACGGUAAUAGUAAUGGUAAUGGUAAUGGUAAUGAUAACGAUAACGGUGUGGGUAAUGAUAAUGGUAAUGGUAACGAUGAUGUUGACAGUAAUAGUGAUGGUAAAGGAAAUGGUAAUUGUAAUGGUAAUGGUAAUGAUUACGAUAACGGUAACAGUAACGGUUACUACGACGGUAACGAUGAUGGUAAUGGUAAUGGUAACGAUAGCGGUUACGGUGAUGAUAACGGUUAUGGUGACAGUAACGACAACAGUGACGGUAACGGUAAUAGUGACGAUAACGGUGACAGUGAGAGUAAUGGCGAUUACGAUGAUGGUCACAGUAACGGUAACAAUAACGGUGACAUUGACGGUGACGGUUACAAUAACUGUAAUGGUAAUGGUAAUAGUGAGGGUCACGGUAAUGGUGAUGGUAACGAUCACUGUAUUCGUAACAGUCAUAGAAUGAAGAGAGUAACGAUAACGAAUAGUAGCAGUAAUGGUAACGGUAAUAGUCACGAUAACAGUGAUGGUGAUGGUGAUGGUGAGGGUGGCGAUAACUGUGACAGUCACAGUGACGGUGACGGUUAUGAUGAUGGUUACGAUAAUAGUCACGACCAACGUAACGAUGACAGUAAUGGUAACGGUGAUGGUAACGAUUAUGGUAAUGGUCACGAUAACGGUAACAGUAACGGUUAA